UAUAGGUACGUUGUAAACGCUUUUUAUUGUUCAAAAAUCAUUUAUAAUCAAACUCACUGGACUAUAUAAAGCUAUGCGUUUCUGGAUGUAACGGUCUGGCAACAUACCGUUUUCUCGACGGCGCUGGCGCGCGGUGUCGUUGACCAUCGAGAACUCGAGAAUGCAUCGAUUCGCAUCCAGAUGCUAGAUCUAGAUGUGUUUCGGGCCCGGCAAACCGACAUCGGUCGGCGAAUAUAAAAACCCCUCCAUGGCAGAAAAUGGCAGUUGAAGGAAGUUACACGAAGCGAUAGCAAAGCGAGUGAGUGCGACCAAGCGAUCUCGAACGUCAAACCAAGCGGAUUCUUCUAGUUUUUUGAAGAUAGCCGUUAGGUAGAAGGAUGUCUCUGUUGCCAUACCUGUCCGACGACUCCCGCUUUCAUGUCAGCCCAUGGAGAAAUCGUAACUGGUUGGUAGACGACGACUGGUUCCGACCUGUUGUGGGGGUGCCGGCUCCACUCUACGAUUACCAGAACUACCUCAGGAACCUCCAAGCAGCUCUACAAGGUGACACAGGCAUUACGUACGAUAAGGACCGAUUCCAGGCCAGUGUAGAUGUCCAGCACUUCAAACCCGAAGAACUAUCUGUGAAGGUGAAUGAUAAUGUAGUAACCAUAGAAGGAAAACAUGGGGAGAAACCAGAUGAACAUGGAGGGAUCUACAGGCACUUUAUCAGAAAAUACACACUUCCACAAGACUGUGAUAAGAACAAAGUGGAUUCAAAGUUAUCAUCUGAUGGUGUCUUAACCAUAUGUGCACCCAGGGUUGGCCAGAAGGAGCAAAACAUUCCUGUUGCCAGAACUGGUGAACCAGCAAAGAUUCAACAGAAAUCUGAUAAGAAAUAAAAUCACCUUUCUUGGGGAGACUGAUUCAUUCUGAGCAUACAAUUUAUUUUUAGACAUUUGUUUGUAUAUAGAAUAAUAUCUUUAAUAAAUGUUAUAUUAGAAAUACA